UCUGUCACUGUCAAUGUCAUGUCAGACGCAUGUUGAAUUGUUGACACGAGGAGAUCGCGGUUAUACUUUAAUAGUUUUAGAUUUAGAUUGUUCCUGGAUUUGUGUUUUUUCUCAAGUAUGGCUAAGUUACACAACUACUACGUUCUGUGCCCACUAAUAGACCAAAAAAGUUUUCUUGGCGUAUCGGCAGAUAAAGAGCCGAAACACGUUAUUGUAACUUUGGGACGAAAUGUUGUCAACAAAUACCAGCUUUCAGAUCAAAAGCAAGUUGGUGGUUGGACUUCAAAGGACCACAUAACGUCUGCUGUUAUCUACGAUAAGGAACAGGAAUGCUAUGUAGGCGUUUUCAACAAUAAUAUCAUAAAAACAUGGAAGGAUUCUGACAGCAAUUUGGAUAAGUCAAAAAAAUAUAAGUUUCCUCUAAACAUUCUGAGACUGCUUCCAAGAACCAAUCAAUCAUCACUCAUAAUCUUUGCCAAUGGAAACUGUGCAGCUUUACCAUAUGCUCUGGACAACCGGAAAACCUAUGAGAGCAAGUCACUGUUAAAGGAAACCGACACAAUUGUAGAUGCAGCUUGUUACACUGUCAACAAGACAGACUAUAUUUGUUACAUUAUAAAGAAUAACAAAGACGGUUAUGAGAUACUAAACUGCCAGUUGCGAGAUGAACUGGGUGAUAUGGACAGAUCAAAGUUAACUAAAACCAAGAUCACCAGGCGAGAUGAUGUUCAUGUUGUUGGAAAGUUUAUUUCUACUAAAGAAAAUCAUGCUGUUUAUGUUUUAUGGAGUGAUGCAAAAAUGUCAGUCUACAACUUUAAAGACUGGAAAACAAUAGGAACUGUACCCUGGAUAUCGACUUCCCCCAGUGUAUCUCUUGCAUGGAUGGGAAAAGACCAUCUCAUCCUUUUUGGAAGCAAUACAGAGCAGGAUGGAGCUAUCAUAAUAGCCUACAACAUAGUUCUUGGAGUUGGCUCCUGCCGAUACCCAAUGAAAAUGUAUUCGGAAGGAGCAAAGCUAUACUGCUUCUAUGACCGCAUCAUUCUAGAAGCCUCAAACCACAUUGGCAUGUUGCCAUAUGUACUGGAAAACAAAAGAAAUCUCUCUAGUCUUCUGGGGUCUCAUGAAAUCACAGAACAUGAGCACAUGGAGAUAGCCAAGUGGGAUACACCCACUGAACCACCAUUUUCCACCAACUCUGAGAUGAAAGGUCUAUUGCCAUUAGGUCUUACAGAGAGAAGUAUAUGCACCAAAAUCAUACCACCCCUGCUAGAGAAAUCUAACUUCAGAACUGUCUACCAGACCAUGAUGGAGUUCAAAGAUAUCCCAGAAUCAGUUUUAGUAGCCUUAUUAAGUUAUUCAAUUAAACUAGUUAAUCCAAGCAACAUAGAUGUGACUGACAGUGAGGCAUUUGCCAGCCUGUUCUGUGCACAAAGCACUAAGAAGGAACAGAUGGUGCAAAAUGCUAAGUUAGAAUUGCUAAACAGUACACUACAAGUAUCAUUCAGUGAUGCAUUGAUCAUCCCUCAUUUAAGGAAUGGUCUGAGCUUGGAUGACACACUCUUCCUAAUGGUCUACAUGGCACAUUUACUCUAUAAUCCUGAUAAAAUUAUGGACACAGAUUAUGAGAGCAAGAUAUUUGACUGGUAUGUAUUAUUGAUGGAUGCUUUCUACCAGCAGUAUCUCAUGACCAAGGAUGAGAAAGUGACUUCAGUUCUGCAGAACACUGUGAAUGUCGUAAUGGACCUGAUAAAGCAGCUGAACAGUGUCAGUGAAGUAUUACCAACCUUGAACAAACUAUUGUCCGGUCAAGUCAUAGAUAAUGAUGAGGAUUCUAUGUCAUAUGCUAUUGAAUUGAUGGAAAUAUAAGAUUUAAAUGGUU